AUGAACAGCCGAAAUUCAUGUCUACUCCUCAGUAUUUUCAUUGCUGUUAAUCUAAUCAUUCAUAGAAAGUUAUUCCUUGAAAAUCAACAAUUUCAUCUGGAACUCCAAAAAACGGAUGACACUAAUUUCACCUCCUCUUUCCUCCACGUGGACUCCACUGGCAACUCCCAGAAUACUUGUGUCCUCCCUGAAUAUGAUAUCUGGCAUGCGGAUAUUCGAAAAGUGUUGACUGCCAAAUUUCCGACGAACAAUUGUGAUAAGAGCUUUGAGCCGUGGACACAGCUGGUCGAUUCCACGUGGCGCGUUGUCAACGAGGCGGCGGAGUUGUGUUUGGCGAGUACCAACCUGUCACCGCCUUCACUGAUCGUAAUCCCCUAUCAAUUCCCAAUGAAAAAUGACACUCUCUGCUACGGAAACAACCAGAGUUCCCGAGAACUUGUGGGACACUUCCCAUCCCCAAUCAAUACUGUAUUUGUCAGCCAAGAUCUUAAAAUGCGUCUCGGACAGAAAGUUCUGGAUCAUGUACACAUGCAACUAGACAAAUUGAAUUUCACAUCCAUCUGCCGGCGAUAUGAGUUGAAAGAGGUCCCCUCCCUCAUUGAAUACGACUACAGUACCCCAUGGAAUACCUAUGAAAUCGAAGUGACGACAAAGGAACCGAGUGCAGUCCAUUUCCAGACAAUGAUGACGUACAAUCAGGAGACACAUACUGCUACCGUUGCAAAAGUGGUAAGAAUGGAUCGAUAUGGGAGUACUGCUAAGUGCACCUCGGCGUAUUUCGACACUCCGAUGUGUUAUUCACCACUUGACACCAUUCUCAUUCUUCGGAACUCCACUGUACGCUCUAUCCACCUCCAAGAAGACAUUGUUCAUCUGAUUGAACAUGUACAUAUCCAGAUUAUGGUUACGGCUGGUGAAGAAGAUGGAUCCCACGUGCAUCCAUCCGAUUUGGCGAGCAUUUUGGAAUGA